AUGUCUGAUCUUGAUUUAAAGAGGAUCGAGAUCUUCUUCAACCUCCUGAAUGGUUGCAGUGUGGGUGCAGUUUGCAACAACUCUCUGCUGUCCUUUCACAACUUAAAUGAAAGUAGACUGGAGAGUCCGGAUGAUGGGGCGCCUUGGCUGACAGUAUUCAUCUCUGUGGUUUACUUUAUUGUGGCUACAGCUGGAGUUUUAGGCAACUUGCUGGUCAUGUUUCUACUUUAUUCCACUCACACAAUCACCACAGGGACCAUCAACUUCUUUGUUUUCAACCUCGCCUUAGCCGACCUGCUUUUUUCUCUUGCUUUACCAUUUUGGGCAGUUGACAUUGCACUGGACUACAGCUGGCCUUUUGGCUUGGCCACCUGCAAAGCUGUGUCCUUACUGACCGGACUGAACGUAUUUGCCAGUUGUUUUUUUCUGACAGCUAUGAGUCUGACUCGCUACUGCUAUGUGGCCACGGCUCUCAAACCUGGAUCCUCCCUGUGCAACAGAUCUUGUACUUUCCCAGUGACAACAGCUAUCAUCUGGGUGGGAGCGCUCAUUGUGGCCAUGCCCCGGGCUGUGUUUGCAGAUGUCAGGCGUGUGGGCAGUGGCAAUGACUCUGCAUGCUUGCUCCGUUUCCCUGAAGGCACUGCCUGGCUUGGAAUUAACCAACUGAUGAGAGUAGUUCUUGGAUUUCUGCUACCCUACACCAUCAUCACCCUCUCCUACUUGCUCCUGGUCCGAUUCCUCUGCCGGCAUAAACUUAAAGGCAGCAGCAGCACUCGGCGAAAAGCUGAUAUCUCAAAGUCUGUGGCUGUGGUGGUUAUGUCCUUUUGCGCCUGCUGGUUUCCCUACAAUGUCCUCACUCUCUGGAGCAUUCUGAUACAGCUUGACAUCAUUGAUAUUAGCAAAUCCUACUACUCAGCUCAGACAUACUUCUUCCCUCUGGCCAAUUGUUUGGCUUUCACCAGCAGCUGUUUCAACCCUGUCAUCUACUGCCUGGUCAGGAAGGAAUACCGCACAGCUUUGCGUAAUGUUUUCUUCAAGCUGAGUCUGGCCAUUAUGUCCAAGAUGCCCUAUGCGCUUAACUCUGAGGAGGUUUUGGGGCAAGGUGGUCAGCUUGGAAUUCCUCUUAGCAACGUCUACAGCCAGACAUGCCAAACUGAUUCAAAGGGCUACGCACCUCUCACAACACUUCCAGCUGGAACAUCACCGCUGUAA